UUGCCGGAUUAACAGCUUAUCAUCCGAGAUGGCCCUUCCUUCCGUCAACGUGCUCCACUUGUUAAUCACGUUGCAGGUUGUGGGAGUGCUGUACGGCAGAGCCGCUGCGGAAGCCGCAGACGCUUUGCAGAACGAAAUUCCUUCUGGAGGCAAACGCGUCCAAUAUCAAGUCCAGGACCACGCCGGCAAAGGAACAUACAAGUUCGGCUACGACACCGGAGACGAUCCAGCUCAGCACUUCCGCCAGGAAGAGCGGGCCCAAGACGGAACUGUCCGCGGACGCUACGGCUUCGUCGAUCCCAACGGGUACCUGCGCGUCGUCGAGUACGUGGCCGACGAGUCAGGCUUUCACGUCAUCCACACGAAGACGGAGAUCCCAAAGUUCAAGACAAGGACAGUGACGCGACCUCAUACGCCCUUUCUGGGUCCCUUGCCACCUUUUAUACCCAAACCUGACAGGGAUGACGCGUGACAGGACCUGAAUGUGGAAUAGCUUAUAAUUGACUCUGCGAGUGCGUGAAAGAUUGCCUGACGGGGCUGCUCUUUUUGACUUUCGUUUCUUCGUUUGUACCACGACCUACUAGAUUAUAACGACCAUGUCGUAGGCACCCCUUCCCAGCGCCGCAUUUUUGGAAGGUAGCGGUGGCGCUACUCAUCGUCCCAGUUAUUGCUUCCUCAACUUCUACAAUACUUUGUACUUCAGCUUACCUUAGUAUUUCUGUACAAGCGGUGGGUUUUCCACAGAUGUUUCAUUCUGAGGUUGAUUACCAUCAUCAUUCUACGCGUUUUCAUGGGAGCUAUCGCUGUCGUCUGCUACGGUAGUCGUACAUACGCUUCCGCGCGUUCAGAAUUCAAAUUUCUAUCGUCCAAUCGUGGUGCAGAUCUCGCGUGCCGAUGAGUAGCGCCCCUAGCGGAUCGUGCGGACGUGCUCCUCAUAGGGGUCCCUGAUCAUGACAUGGUCGUUAUAAUCUAGUAGGUCGUGGUUUGUACAUAUGUUGUGUGUGAAUGCUGUGUCGGUCGUAGUGGGAAGUGUGAGUUCCAUGUUGCGCUCUUUCCAUGUGCUGUACCUGUAUGGUGCCAAGAUGUGUUGUCAGGCAUGUUCACAGUGAGACGUUCCGUGAACGGUCAAGUUGUUCAUGAUUAAGGGUUAGUGUCUGUCGAAAUGUCCCUCUAUUUACGUACUUUUACGCGGCAUACAUCAACCAAGCACUGCUGUGGUUUGAACUCUCGUCGUGAAAGAAGAAAAAAAAUGUAGCAUAUGUACAUAUCUAUAGAGCCAGUACCUUGAAAGCGCUUAUGAUAAUUUAUUUCAAAAUAUAGGGAGCAAUGGAGUCAGUUGUUUUGUUUGACACACUGCUAUUGCUUGUGAUAUUUCGUGA